UGAGUGGAUGGAUAGAGAGAGAGGGAGCAACGUCUUCCGAAAAUGGCCGCGACUCUCCCUCUUGCCUGCUUGGCCACUGCCAAAACUCCCCAAUUCAACCUAUUCUCUCCUCUUUCUUCCUCUUCUCUCUCUUCUUCUCCCUCUCUCUCUGUAUCUCUUCUGUCUCUUCAUUCUAAGAAAUGGGGUGUCUUGAGCAAGAGAUUCUGUGGCAAAAGUAAAUGGAGAGCAGCAGUUGCUGAGGAAACCCUAGUUCCCGAAGAUUCACCAGCUGAGAGUCCAGUCGCCGUUCCUGUUUUGCCUUCAGAUAUGCUCACCAUGUUCUUCAAGGCGGAAGGAACAAUGGAUGAAUCUGCAAUCUCUGCUAUUACCAAGUCACUAGAGGGUAUUGAAGGCAUCAGUGAGCUAAAAGUUGAGACCAUUGAGGGCAUUGCAUCCGUUGAGCUCACAAAACAGACCACAGUUCAGGCAACAGGUGUGGCCUCUAAUCUGGUUGAGGUUAUACAGGGAUCAGGCUUUAAGCUACAGACUCUGAAUUUGAGUUUCGAGGAUGAAGAGGAUUCGGUCGCCUAAUCUCCUAAAGAAUCACCCAUGAAAUCUUAGUUUUUCCCCCUUGAAGUUGCAAUUUCCUUUCAAUGUAUUAUCUUCAUCUUCAUCUUAAAGGCAGUUUUUGGAGAUUAAUCCCAUCAUCUAAACCAAAUAGAGUGUUGUAAAAGGGAUGUUUUGUAAUUUGAGGUUGUAGAUUGACUUUUUGAGCUGAAAGCUGUAGCAAUUACAAGAGGUUGAACUUUUCCUUAAAAAAA